AAUCUCAGUAUAUAAAAGCCUUCUCUCUCUCCCUCUCUGUCUCUCUCUCUCUCUCCAAUUCCCUUGACAGUUAUCUUCGAGCAAUCUCACCGUGACCUUGGGUAUCGUCUCCGAUCUCUCUGUCUCAUAAUUUCUUUUGAACUGGAAGACCGAAGAUGGCAGAUAAUGAAGAUAGAGAGGAAAUUACUUCCCGUGGAAACGAGUGGGAAGUUGUAUCACUCACAGCAUCAACAUAUGCUGCUGCUCCUGGUCCAAAACAGAAUGACGAUGAAAAGGAUACUGCUGUUGGAGAGAAUGAAUCAGAAACUUCUCAUGCUAUGGUUAUGUCUGGCCAUUUUAUCUUUCCACCACGUCAGCGUGAAGGUUUGCCAUUGGAACCUGAAAAUACUGAGGUUCAUAGGGAACAAGGAGUUGAAGAUCCUGUUUCUGAAAUGAUCGCAGAGGAAGGGGGUAUUUCAAAUACAAAGGAAGAAGAAAAUUGGAAUUUUAAAGGAUUGGCCGAGUCAGAUGAUUUUUCUGGAAUUCAGUUUUUUGAUGAAAAGGGUACUAAGUUAUCCAUUAGUGGUACUGAAUUUGAAGAAGGCACAACUUUAGAGGGAUUAAAUUUGGUGGAAAAAGAGCAGAGCAUUUACAGUGCUGCCACGUUUAGUUCCUUCCACAGUGAAGCAGCCAUUGGUGAAUCGACCAUGGUUGAGGAGAACGUUGGAAUUGCUGAACCAAUGGACUCUUCAGACUCUGACGUAGAUUCAGACAUCUCACAUUUUCCGAAGAAUAGUGACGAAGAUAAAUAUGAUGGAUCUGACCUACCUUGCAAAGCUUGGUGGAAGAGGCAAGCUUCUUCUUUAUAUGCUCAUGCUAAAGAGGCAAACACAUUUUGGUCAAUUUUCGUUGCGGCAGCUGUGAUGGGCCUUGUAGUUCUUGGGCAGCAAUGGCAGCAGGAAAGAUGGCAGAUUUUGCAACUGAAGUGGCAGUUCCGCAUCAAUGAAGAGAGGAUGGGUAAGAUGCUGGGUCCCAUAUCGCGAUUUAAAGAUGUUAUUGUGGGUGGCCACCGACGGGGUGCCUCUGUUAGUGGCAGAACCUCAACAGAUCGUUAAGAUGAUGACGAAAAGAGAGAGAGAGAUGUUAGGAAUUGUGAAAUUCUAGUGUGCUUUUGGGUGGUGUAAAUGAUCUAUUUCUCUUAUGACUUAGAUAUAAAGCUACAUGUUAAUACUUGCAUGUUAUUAUGCCACUAUUCUUUUGGUUGUGGGUUCCUUGGUGAAGAUUUAAGAAGUCACUCUCUUAGUAAAUCUCCUAUUAGCAUUCUCAAAAUCAUUGUUAUAUCUUUUUUGCUUAGAUUGAAGCCAUCUUCUCAAGCCUUCGGCUUCUUUUACCAGGUUAAAUAUGUUUCGGGUUUUGUGCGGACUACUAAUUUGUUAAUUCCGUACAUAGAUUUAUAUAGAUAUGGUUGCAUCUUCAUUAUUAUGUCUUUGACAGAAGGA